AUGGCUUCGAGCUUUCUUCAAUGUCUGCUUCAAAGCCCUGGCUGGGUGGCAGCUACACUAUGCACCAUCGUCCUGGUUCAUGCCGUUGGGAGAGCAAUUUAUAAUGUCUUCUUUCACCCCCUUCGGUCCUUUCCUGGGCCAAUAUUGCACCGCAUGUCCCGCAUUCCGUAUUGCUGGAAGUUGUUAAGGGGCACUAUCCCGUAUGAUGUGCUUCAUUUUCACGAGAGGUACGGUGAUAUUGUACGCGUUGCCCCAGAUGAGCUAGCAUUCUCCAACGCCACUGCAUGGAAAGAGAUCAUGGGUCAUCGCCCAGGCAUCGAAGAGUUUGGGAAGCUGAAAAACUUCUACCGACCGGUUAAAACCACCCCGGUGAACAUUGUCAAUGCCCAGCGCGAGGAACACAGUGUUCUGAGGCGCCAGCUCGCGCAUGGAUUUUCUGAAAAGUCGAUGCGAGAACAAGAGCCCCUCAUCCAGGUGUACAUUGAUCUCCUCAUUCAGCGCCUCUAUGGUAAUUGCGCCGCCGGGGCAAAGGCGAUCGAUCUUACUGCGUGGUACAAUUGGGCGACCUUUGAUAUUAUUGGAGAUCUUGCCUUUGGAGAACCAUUUGGUUGCCUUCAGAAUUCAGAGUAUCAUCCUUAUGUCCAUCUUAUACUUGCAUCUGCUCGUGCGGGAACGAUUUUCCAAUCCAUCAGGUUCUAUCCGAUCCUCAACAUGCUUUUCAAGGCACUGAUCCCCAAAUCUUUAUUCUCGCAAUUUGUACGACAAGCUAAGCUGUCCAUGGAAAAAUUGCAAAGAAGAAUGAAGCUUGGCAAUCACCGGCCUGAUCUAAUUGAAGGGUUAUUGCGGAAAAAGGACGAGCUGAACCUCAGUCUUGAGAAUCUUCAGUCGAAUGGCAACAUUUUGAUUAUUGGGGGCUCUGAGACAACUGCCACCCUUCUGGCGGGGGCAACUUAUCUUUUGCUAUCGAACCCCGUAGCUCUUCAAAGGCUGACGGCAGAAGUUCGGUCCACUUUCAAGAAUGAAAAAGAAAUCACCAUGACCUCGGUCAAUCAGCUAACCUACAUGCUGGCAUGCUUGAAUGAAGCUUUGCGGAUUUAUCCACCCGUUCCGACUGGUUUGCCUCGCGUUGCUCCUACCGGAGGGCGUACUGUCCUUGGUCGGUUUGUGCCUCAGGGUACAAUUGUUGCGCUACACCACUGGGCAUUGUAUCAUAACGAGAAACAUUUUACAGACCCGAACUCCUAUCAUCCAGAACGCUUUUUAGGAGAUCCUCGGUAUGAAAAUGACAAUUUCGAAAUCCUCCAACCGUUCCAUGUCGGGCCUCGAAACUGCCUAGGAAGAAACUUGGCAUAUGCCGAAAUGCGAAUGAUACUGGCGCGAGUCGUAUUCAAUUUUGAUAUGAAGAUCGCUGAAGAAAGUAAUGGAUGGAUGGAGAAGCAAAAGAUUUAUCUGUUCUGGCAGAAAGAUCCACUCAAUGUGCACUUAACGCCAGUAGAUGCACACAGAUGA